AGGGAGAGCGCCGGGCAUCGCCUCUCCGGGGCGGGACGCAUGGCGGGCGAGUGCACGCGAUGAAGGAGGAAACAAGAUGAAGAUGAGGCGACGGGGAGGAGGAAGAGGAGGAUGCUGCGUGAGGGGCUCUGGCUCAACUUGGAUUCAACAUGUAGCAGCAGCAGCAUCGCACGCGUAUACAUCGCGAACAAUUAACGACGACGACGACAAUAUUGAUCAUUAAAAGAACAACAGGCAACAGUAUUCCCGUCAUUUAAAACCAACCCCACGCACGAACCGGUUUUGACCUCAAGUUGAGGUCGCGGUGAAGAGAGAGAGAGAGAGACACACAGGGGAAGCAUUCAGCAGAGAACGCUGGGGACUCGCGUCCUUCACCUCCACCAUCAACUGCCACGAACCACCAUCAGCAACCUCCUCCUCCUCCAUCACCAACCACCAUCACCAACCUCCCCCUCCUCCAUCACCACCAUCACCAACCUCCCCCUCCACCAUCACCACCCUCCACCAUCACCACCAUCACCAACCUCCCACUCCACCAUCACCACCACCAUCACCAACCUCCACCAUCACCACCAUCACCAACCUCUCCCUCCACCAUCACCACCAUCACCAACUUCCACCAUCACCAAGCUCCUCCAGCCGAGAAGUCUCGGAGCAUCGACUGCGGACGUGGGCGGCGCCAUGAGCGGCGGUGAGCGCCGGACUGCAGGCAGCCGUCGAUGAUGUCUUACGUGCAGUUGGACCCGAGAGAUGGGGUGAGAGGUGUGUCGUCUCGCGUGGCCGAGCUUCUCCGGUACCGCUGGAGCUUCCCCCAGUCCUGGAGCCGCUGCUGGAGCCGCUGCUGGAGCCGCUGCUGGGCAGCGCUGUGCGCCUGCCUGGAGCCGAGCCACGACCAGGAGGAGGUGCAGAUCCUGGGCCCCUUCCCGGCGCCCACUCCGCCCUGGCUGCUGGAGGAGCGCGAUGGCGACGCGGAGGCCAUGGUCGUGUCGGCGCACGCUCACCCCGCGGCGGCUGCCGCCAGGGACGGCCCCGCCAGGACAACGUCGCUGUCGACGUCGUCGUCGUCGUCGACGUCGUCGCGAGUGCCCUCCUCCUACAGCCUCGCUAGCCGCAGGGUCUCCGGCCUGGACUCGUACCGCCGCUCCAGCUCCUCGGCGCCGGACAGCCCGGGGCCCCGCGUCACCGCGGCGCCGCUGCCGCCCGACCCGUGGCCCCGCCCGGGGCCGGGCCGCACCGAGGCCGGGCGGCCCGCGCAGCGCGUGGUGGCGGCGCCGCCCCCGUCGCCGACGACGACGACAGCGUCGCGGCGGCACGACACCCGCGGCUCCGUCCGCCACGCCGAGCGGCCCAGCAACAUCGAGCCGCGCCUCUACCGCGCCGACUCGGGCGCCGGCGGCGGCGGCGGAGACGCCGGCGGCGACGCGGACUCGCUGACCGACGAGGAGGUCCUGUCGCGCUACCGGCUGGGAGCGCUGCACUUCAGCGCGCAGUACGACCUGCCGCACGGCCGCCUGCUCGUGCGGGUCAUCGAGGCGCGCGAGCUGCCGCGCCCCUCGACCCGCACGCGCCACGGCCACGGCCCCGGCGAGGGCGUCGCGGGCGCCGUCGCGGGCGUCACCUCGCUGCGCCGCCGCGAUUCGCCGCCGCCGCACUCCAACCCGUACGUGAAGCUCUGCCUGCUGCCCGACCAGAAGAACUCGCGGCAGACGGGCGUCCGCCGCAAGACGCAGGACCCGCUGUUCGAGGAGCGCUACUCCUUCGAGCUGCCCUUCGUCGAGGCGCAGCGGCGCACGCUGGCGCUCACCGUGCUCGACUUCGACAAGCUGUCGCGCCACCGCGUCGUCGGCAAGGUGGCCAUGCCGCUCGCCGAGGUGGACCUGGUCAAGGGGGGCCACUGGUGGAAGCCCAUCGUGCCCAGCUCGCAGAGCGAGGUGGAGCUCGGCGAGCUGCUAGUGUCCCUCAACUACCUCCCCAGCGCCGGGCGACUCAACGUCGAGAUCGUCAGGGCCAAGCAGCUCCUACAGACCGACAUGGCGCAGGGUUCAGACCCGUUUGCGAGGGUGCAGCUGGUGCACGCACUCAAGGUGGUGAAGAGCAAGCGCACGGCGUGCAUCCACGGCACCGUCGACCCCUUCUACAACGAGUCCUUCAGCUUCCACGUCACCCCCGACCUGCUGGACGACGUCAGCCUCGUGCUCACCGUGUUCGGCCGGAGCGCGCGGACCAGCAGCGAGCUCAUCGGACGCGUCGUCCUGGGCCGCUUCCCCAGCGGCGCCCCCGAGCUCACGCACUGGCGCCGCGCCAUGGCCUCGCCACGCACGCCCGUGGCGCAGUGGCACAGCCUGCGCUCCCGCGGGGCCUGCGACCGCGUCUCGCCGGCCUCGCUCGCCGUCACCUGACGCGCGACGCCGGCUCCUCUA